AUGUUGGUCCCUCUGUUGCCAUCUUCUCCUGCUCUUGUAUUCGGUUGCUUGAUGCUGUUGCCGCCGCUGAUCCCUAGAUCUGGUCCGUCCGGCCAGAUCUGGUUUUUCCGGUUCAACUCCCCCGAGCUGGUUUACCGAUCCGUUGACCGUACUGCAAACAACAAUAACAAUACCCAACAAGAAUCGGAGCCUCGGGUUUUCUCUUGCAACUAUUGCCAGCGCAAAUUCUUGAGUUCCCAAGCUCUUGGAGGCCAUCAAAACGCUCAUAAACGGGAGAGGAACAUAGCCAAGAGGGGGAACCGGAUCGGAUCUGGCCCAACAUCGGCAGGUGGGCUAUUCAGGCACGAUCUGUUUGUCCACCGGUACUCUAACAUGGCUUCCUUGCCUUUGCAUGGGGCCUACAACCGGUCUUUGGGGAUUCAGGCACAUUCAAUGAUUCAUAAGCCGUCUUCAUCCUACUUUGGAUCCAACGUUGCUGGUUUGCCGUCUUUGUACGGGCAGAACAACGGGUGGGCUUCUAGAAAGUCUCUUGAUCAACAACCGGCGGUUGGGCGGCUUGCUCCGGAAAAUAAUCAUAUGGGUUCGGGUUUAGGGUCGCCAUCCACCAAUGGUUGGGAUGCAAGGUUUGAUAGAAUUCAUCCGAAGAUUUCUUCGGCGACUGAUCACGGCGGCAUUGGUGGCGGUGUGGUCACAUAUUCUUCGGCAAAGAAAGAAACAAAAGAAAAUCAUCAGCUAGUUGACUUGACUCUCAAACUCUAG